AUGCUUGGAUUGAAUGAAGAAUUUUCAGAGGUCCUUGCCCAUGCUUCCACAAUGCCCAAGGUAUCAAUAGAUUCCCCCGACUCGGGUUCAGAUGAUGGAGCAACUAAGGAUGAGAAGAGUUCAGCAGCUGACACUGAUCAGUGGUCAUCAUCUCCAUAUAUGGAUCAUUUCGUCAAUCAAGCGAAGUCCACUGACCUUUCUUCUCAGCUAUAUUCACUGGUUAGGCGGGGGGUUGUGGGGCAGAGAGUUCAAGAUAAAGGGGCAGACUCUUUUGAUAUUGAUAUGGUGAAAACCUUCUUGUCUGUAUUUUUGGCCAAGGGACAGAUAUCACACAAUCCGAAGUGA